UUUUCUCGUGUCAGUCUUGUUUCGUAAAUCGUCGUGUGAACACUGAGUUGUUAAGUGGAGAGAUUUGUGGAAUAUUUUUUUAGUCAUGCCGGGAUCACUGCUGCACUGGGUGACAUUCUUUUGCGCAUUAAGCGUGAUAUAUGCUGGCGUUUUUCCAAAUUACCGUGCUCACUUCGACUUUGUUUCUUGGGAUAAAGAGAAAACAUUAAAAGAAUUAAAUGCUGAAAAAAAGUGGUGGCAAACGGCGUCUUUUUAUCAAAUUUAUCCAAGGUCUUUUAGUGAUAGCGAUGGAAAUGGGGUGGGAGAUUUGAGAGGCAUUGCAGAAAAAUUGCCGUAUUUAAAAGAAAUUGGUAUAGCAGCAACAUGGCUUUCCCCAAUAUUCACCUCACCGAUGGCAGAUUUUGGAUAUGAUAUAUCCAAUAUUACUGAAAUUGAUCCACUUUUUGGCACCAUGCAAGAUUUUGAGGACUUAAUAGCCAAAUCUAAAGAAGUUGGAGUUAAGAUUAUUUUGGAUUUUGUACCCAAUCACACCAGCGAUGAGUGUGAAUGGUUUAAGAAGUCAGCUGCGCUUGACCCAGAGUACAAAGACUUUUAUGUGUGGCAUCCAGGUAAAAUCAUUGACGGUACACGACAUCCGCCUACAAAUUGGGUGAGCGUUUUUCGCGGAUCUGCUUGGCAAUGGCAUGAGGGUAGGCAAGAGUAUUAUUUACAUGAAUUUUUAAGCAAACAACCAGAUUUAAAUUACCGGAAUCCGAAAGUGCGAGAAACAAUGAAUGAAGUUUUACGUUUUUGGUUACGUAAAGGUGUAGCUGGUUUUCGAGUAGACGCAGUGCCAUUUGUUUUCGAAGUCGCACCAGAUGCAAAUGGUAACUGGCCGGAUGAGCCUCGUAACGACUGGGUCACUGAUCCUGAUGACUAUGGUUAUUUAAAGCAUAUCUAUACUGUAGACCAACCGGAAACAAUUGAUAUUGUUUACGAGUGGCGUAGUGUUCUGGAUGAUUUUCAACGAAAAAAUGGUGGAGACGAGCGUGUAAUUUUAGCUGAGGCAUACUCUCCUAUUGAAGUGGACAUGAAAUAUUAUGGCAAUGCAACAGCCGAGGGCGCGCAAAUACCUUUUAACUUUCUGAUGAUCAAUUGGUUGACAAACGAUUCAGAUGCAUAUCAUUAUGCAGAAACAGUGAAUACUUGGUUGAAAAAUAUGCCUGAAGGUAGAACAGCGAAUUGGGUGAUUGGUAAUCAUGAUCAAAAUCGUGUUGGUUCGCGUCUUGGCGCUGAUCGUAUUGACAUGAUGAAUAUGUUAAUUUUAACACUACCUGGUUGCAGUAUUACUUAUAAUGGUGAAGAAAUUGGCAUGACUGAUGUUUGGAUUUCGUGGAAAGAUACUGUGGAUCCCUCUGCUUGUCAUACAAAUCCAGACACAUAUGAAAAAUUUUCGCGUGAUCCCGAACGUACACCCUUUCAAUGGAGCGACGAGAAAAAUGCUGGCUUCAGUACAGCUAAUAAAACAUGGCUACCAAUAUCGGACAUGUAUAAAGAAGUGAAUGUCAAACGAGAGCGCGGCAUGUCACUUAGCCACUUGAAUGUAUAUAAGCGGUUACAGGAGUUGCGUCAAGAACCAACGCUACGACAUGGCGACGUACUAGUAAAAGCGGUUAAUAAUGCAGUGUUGGGUGUUAAACGAACUUUAUUGAAUGAUCACACUUAUGUCACUGUGAUGAAUAUAUUUGACAAUGUGGUUAAUGUAGACUUGAGCAAUGCUUUCGAUGGUCUGCCAAAGCAAAUGGAAUAUGCCAUUAUAACUUCAAAGUCCAGUGCAAGAAUAGGAAAUUUAAUCAACAUUUCCUCAUUACGUUUAUUAUCCAAAGAAGCUGUGGUAUUGCGUUCACCUACUAAAUUGACAACAACGGUUGGGUAUUACACAUAUUACUCACCAGAGGAUCAAGUGUGAAUAACAUAUGUGCUGUUAUUAGAUAUCGAUUUAUAUAUAAUUGUAGUUUUAUUAAUUUAACUAUUAAAAACAUCGCAUAAAUUAUUUAGUAUCAA